AUGAGUGUCGCACGAUAUUAUCACACAGCAUCUACAUUAGCGAAUGGAUCGAUAUUAGUUACUGGUGGAUACAACGGUACUUUUCUCGAUAGUACUGAACUGUACAAUCCAUCAACAGGUAAUUGGACAACCGCAGGAAGCAUGAAUGUCGCACGAGAUUUUUACACAGCAUCGACAUUAGCAAAUGGGUCCGUAUUAGUUGCUGGUGGAAACAACGCUGUUAGUAUUCUCAAUAGUGCUGAAUUGUACAAUUCAUCAACAGGUAAUUGGACAACCACAGGAAGCAUGAAUGUCGCACGAUUUCAGCACAUAGCAUCCACAUUAGCAAAUGGGUCUACAUUAGUUAGUGGUGGAAGGAACAGUAGUACUUGUUUAAAUAGUGUUGAAUUCUAUAAUCCCUCAACAGGCACCUGGACAACCACGGGAAGCAUGAAUAUCGCACGAUAUUCUCACACAGCAUCCACAUUAGCAAAUGGAUUAGUAUUAGUUGCUGGUGGAAUGAGCAACACUAGUGUUUAUCUCAACAGUGCUGAAUUGUAUAAUCCAUCAACAGGUAUUUGGACAAUCACAGGAAGCAUGAAUGUCGCAAGACGUUUUCACACAGCAUCUACAUUAGCAAAUGGAUUAGUAUUAGUUGCUGGUGGAUACAACACUGCUAAUCUCAAAAGUGCUGAAUUGUACGAUCCAUCAACAGGCACAUGGAUAACGACAGCCAACAUGAGUAUCGCACGAUAUUAUCACACAGCAUCUACAUUAGCAAAUGGGUCCAUAUUAGUUGCUGGUGGAUACAACACUGCUAAUCUCAAUAGUGCUGAAUUGUACAAUUCAUCAACAGGCACAUGGACAACUACAGCAAAUAUGAGUAUCGCACGAUUUAUACACACAGCGUCCAUAUUAACAAAUGGAAAGAUAUUAGUUGCUGGUGGAAACGGCACUAGUGGUUAUCUCAAUAGUGCUGAGCUUUAUUAA